AUGAUCAUCCCUAACCUCGACGUUGUUUACCCAAUCCACAUGAAUCAUGUGCCGCCAGGAUGGAGACCUCUCGUGAAUCUCAUAUGUGUCCAUGACUUGGGCGGGUCCCCCAAGUCAAGCUGGCACCAUGAUGAAUCUGGCAAAACCUGGAUCUCAGACCCCGACUUUCUCGGGAGCUUCAAGGAUUCAGUCCGGGUUUGGACCUAUGGAUACAACUCGGACCCGGCGGCAAACAUGACGCCUGCAAGCAUCGCGCUCCAUGCCGACGAGCUCUUGAUAUCGAUGAUAUCCAACUACGGCAAAUAUCCUGGCGGCUCUACUGUUUUCAUUGCCCAUGGGCUUGGAGGGAUCAUUGUCAAAAAGGCAAUUGAGCUAUCGUCCAACUAUGUAGAAUACUUCGCUAUCAAAGGGUCCACUGUCGGCGUCGUCUUUCUCGAUACAGUUCACCAUGCAACAGACUCCGAGGGAGUCUUGGAAGCUGUCAAAUCAACAGUGGCAGCGACUCUGCUCAAGCACUCCACAAGACCGUCCGUUGACGAUGUCAGACAAUUUGCGGAAGCUGUUCGAGAAGUCAACAAGACCUUUCUCACACAGGCGCCAUUAGACUUGACAAUUCUCAACUUCAUUGCCAUGCGUCGAAUUGAAAUCACGUCUGCAGAUGGUACAACCUACAAGACUUUGUUAACGCAGUUCCCAUCCCCUUCAGAUAAGAUAUACAGCCUAUUGGCAGAUCAGGUUGGCGAUAUGAUGACAAAGCUAUCGUCUUCAACCAACAAACGAGUGUUCUUCGCGCCGCCACCCCCUUUGGCACCCACGACAGCUAAUCCCCCGCCACCUUCACCACCUCCUGGUCCUCCUGGGCCUCCAGGCCCGCCGGGCCCGCCAGUGUCUCUGCCGCCGCCACCACGGAGUGGGAUCCCCAUGGGUCCACCACCGCGAGAUCAGGCCAACGAGGCAUUCAGUUUGUGGGCCAAGAAGAAAGAAGCUGAUACUUGUACCUGGAUACAGUCCCACGACUUCUUCAAAAGUUGGGUCAAGUCCAAUAAGACCGCAGGUCUUUUUGUCCAGGGCGCCACGGGAUGCGGUAAAACUUACUUGGCCAAGUCCAUCGCCAACUACCUGUCCUGGGAUCGGCCUCGAUCUCCCCCAGAUAAUAAUAUAGUGCUCUCGUUCUUUUGCAACGUCAGCACUGUUGGGAACAAGAAGCCACCGAUUGCCCAGUAUUUCGUCCGAUCGCUUCUUCAACUACGGCCAGUCUGGUCUGAGUCUAUAGCGCCUUACUAUCGAUGGCAGGAGCUGAAAAGCCACUUCAAGCUGCCGGCGCUGUUUGACAUCUUACGCGACAUCAUGAGCCAGAUGCAAUACAGUACGGGCCCGCCAAAGACGACGGCUGUUUUCCUCAUCGUGGAUGGUCUGGAUGACUGUGAUGUUACCUAUGCCCGGGAAUUUCUCUGCCUUGUGGGAAGUCUCCUCGACCACCCGGUGGCUCGCUCAUCCCCAGCUGCCGGCCCGUCUCUUCCAGGCCAAGGAUAUCCGCGCGAAACUGUCAGGUUCAAGUUCUUGUUCACGUAUAGCGCUUGCGAGAUUCUGAGUCUGAACUCCUGCAUACCUAACUCCGCUAGGAUUCUGAUGACUGAUUCUGCAAUUCGCAAAGAUAUCGGCACUUACGUGGAUAGAGAGUUGGACAUCCUGUCUACGCUUCGGGAUCUGAAUGGGCCGCCAGAAGGAAUUCGAUCUUGGAUCAAGAAUAAGUCGGAGUCGUUCUUUUGGUUCGCAAAGUACUCCAUCGAAGACGCAAUGAGUACGGUCCAAGAUGGCGAGGGGUAUUCCUUCAGUGGGAGGGUGCUUCCGUGCCCUUCUAGCCUGGGAAAAUACUACGACAGAGAUCUCCUACCAUUGUUCCAGACCAUCGACGAAGAUGGGAAAUAUGCUCUGUCAGCUGUGCAAAUCGUACUCGGCUAUCUUAGUAUCCCUACCAGAGCCGAAAUAUGCGAUGCAAUCGCCUGUCUUCACGGAGACCCCAACUUGAGAUUCCUCGACCUCCCCAACUUCUUGAGACAACGGUGCCCCAGAAUCAUUCAUUCUUUGGACGAAGGGGACUUCAGAAUUAGUCAUCCUUCUCUGAUUUACCAUGUCAGACGUUACUACCUCAUCGAGAAAGAGCAGCACGCAAACAUGGCAUUCCUGUGUAUAAAGUACCUCUCCGGAUCUGACUUCGGAAGCUUCAAAUCGAUCAUGCCUCCCAACAUCUCAGCGCGUCACCCGUUCUAUUCAUAUGCGGCAAACAACUGGAGAGAACAUCUCCGUCGUGCGGGCGACAAAGUGGUCAGACUGCUCCCUCUGCUGGGCGACUUCGUCAGCUCUGCGAACUACAGAACUUGGUCAGCUUAUUACUCCUGGAACAUUGAAUUUACACAUCAUCGGAGGGUGAUAGAUGACACCUUCGUCUCUCCCGUGUUCACAUUCAUUGAUGCUAAUAUUGGUCAUCUGACCCACGAAAUUCAGUGGGCAGGGAGGGGAGAGGCGUAUUCUUGGAAGAGUGAGCUUCUCAGGCAGACAUGGCGGUACUUGUACGAGCGUAAACAAACCCCAGUAAUUGCCAGGCUCAUUGAAUAUUGGAGGCCCGACUCUUGUUUCUCGGUACACAACUUCUUCGGCCAUACUCCUCUGAUGCAUGCAGCAGGCUCAUCAGAGGGACAACCCGACAUGGUCGAAUACUUCCUGAAGCGGACCAAAGACGUCAACGAGCGAGGCUCGUUGAGGGGCGGAACCGCUUUGAUGAUACUAUGCACGCAUCUGAGAACGCGCGAUGAAGACCUGAUGGCACGAUUGGUCACAUCACUCCUUGAUGCCGGGGCUGAUCCAAAUAUCUCGGAUAAAUGGGGCGAAACGCCCUUAGUCAACCCUUGCAGUGUAGGAGAUGCUGCCAUGGUCGAGCUGCUCCUCCGAGCGGGAGCCAGGCCUGACAUGUUAAGCAUACACACGCCAAUCAUGCAUCCCCUCCGCGAAGCAAUCAUGCAACAUCACAAUGAGGUUGCCAGACUGUUGAUCGACUACGGUGUCGAUCUGAGCUUGCAUUUCCCGUGGCCGAACCUUCAGUUACCCUUAACAGCUGCCAUCACCGAACAAAACUUCGACAUCUUCAUGGUCCUCUUGGAUAGAGUUGAAGAUAUCAAUCAGCUAGAUGGCAUGGGAUACGCUGCGAUUCAUCUGUUGACAGGCCCGCUGUGCAACGAUUGGCUACCGCAUCUUCUGAGACGACCUGAUGUCGACCUAGAGCUUCUCUCUAACGGUAUUUCAGGCGAUCGAAAGAAGUUUAUCCGUCGGACUGCGCUAAGCUUUGCCAUCGUUGACGAUAACUUCAAGGCGCAAGCUAACUGGGGAAAUUCUAGUGUGGAGGAAAGCGAGGUUGAUAUCAGCACGGGCAACACCGACAUAGUCGAGCUGCUCCUCGCCUAUCAAUCGCCCAUCAACACGUUGAAUUGGAAGUCGAAGAAGUACGCCAAGUCCCCGUUAAUGGUGGCUGUAGACUACAAGGACCAAAACAUGGUAGAACUCCUCCUGCGGCACGGAGCGGACCCGACCCUAGAGGAGGCCUACGGAAUGCCAGGCCCCCUUGACGCCGCCAUGCUUGACGACGAAGACAUUGCUAUGGGUAUGAUCAAAGUUUUACUCGAGAACCCUUUGCCACCAAGCAUCAAUUACGUCCCGGACAACCCAGACUUCCAGCAUAUCCUCAUCGAGGCGAGCGAUAUGAAGCCGGAGGUCACGCGGUUGCUUCUCGCCCACGGUGCUGACACGAAACGUUUCUUGUCCUACAUCCCCGGGUGCUUCACCACUCCCCUCCAUCGGGCUGUGGAAGAAAACAACAUUGAGACUGCCAAAGUUCUUAUCGAACACGAGCCAGCCCUGGUGACCUACCAGUGCGAAGAAGGACUAGUCUACGAGACGCCUCUCCACAUCGCUGCCAGAGACGGACACAUUGAGAUUCUGCGAUGUCUCCUCGAUACGGGUGCUCAAUCCAACCUGGCCUCAUGCCAUUGGCAGGAAACACCGCUUUGGUUAGCCUGCGAAUCAGGAAGGCUAGAAAUUGCGCAAUUGCUCUACGAAAUGUCGCCAGAGGCACUGGAACUCCCCUCUUACGACGGGAAAACUCCGCUUAUGGUAGCCUGCGAAGAUGGAAACCUCCAACUGGUCCAGUUUCUUCUAGAAAAAGGCGCCGACAUCACAGCACGAUGCUCAAUGGGAGCAUCAUGUGUCUGUAGCACAGUUUCCGAGGACAACGGCGCGGCUUACAAGAUCAUUGAUCUGUCGCUUCAGCACGGCCUCGGCAUUGAUGAUGUCGUCAGCUCAACCGGCUUCACGGUACUCGGAGAGGCUUGCAGGGCCGGAGAUAUCCCGACUGUCCGGCUUUUGCUCGACAAGGGCGCGGAUCCGGCAAAGGGGCAGAAGUGGCCCGGAGACACUUCCACUACAUGGAGGUCGGCGCUGCGGGUCGCCUCCUUGUACGAGUGUGUCAAGGUGGUUGAGGUGCUGCUCGAACAUCCUCAGCUAGCGUCCUUUAUCGAGAACGUUGACUAUUACGGCGACAAUGUGCUGCAUAUUGACGGAUCAUAUCACCAUCAACAAGCUUCCGAAAUGGCCACGCUAGUGUACUCUGCGUGCGAGAAGUUGAAAGCCGAGACUGGCGUCGACCAUUUUCAACGGAUGCUUGAUGUUAAGGACAGCGAUAUGCAUACGCCUCUGGACAUGGCGAUCGAUAUGCCGCACAAGGGUCUGAGCAGCGAGGCGAUAAAAGUCAUUGACGUUUACUUGAAGCGCUACAUUGCGGAACUGACAGCCGUCGAAACUCGGACAUUUGCCCAGCAUAAGCAUCUCAUGCGAGACAUCGCCAUCAUUCUCCUCGAGAGACGAGAAUAUGACGAGGAAGCCAUUCGUUUGUUCCAGGCUUUGAUAGUCGAUGUAUGGGUCACAAGAGAGGACGGAAAGUGCCUCGAGACGGUGUUCUGCAUGGCCAACUGCGAUCUCUGCGACGAAGACGAGCAGGAACAAGUUUCGUUUUGCCGGCUUUGCGGUCUCAGGGUUGGCAUGAAGUGCGUCGACGAGGCGAGGCUACAGCACGAGUUGGUUUAUGUCCCCGUCAUCAAAGACCGCAGCAUUAUUGAUCUCAACUCUGAGUCAGUUAAUCAGAUCAUGGACCUGUUGGAGAACGAUUUUAUCGUCACAGAUUGUCCUCGCCCAGUAGAGGAAGCUCUCAUCUCGCAUUUCCAAGUCGAUCCAGACUCGGAAGACACAACUCUUUCGCUCGCUGUACUCCAUGCUUUCGGGUACCUGGAAUUCCGACGUCGGGCUUGGAGUCCUUACCUGCCGCUAGCCCCUGCGGUCUACAAGCGGAUACAGCCUUGGGAGCCAAUGUUCACAGAACCGAGGCGAGACUUUGAAGAAUGGGUUUGGGAUAUCGAGACGUCGCCCUACAGGUUGCGGGACGAGCUGAAUUACUUGCUUGAGUCAGGCAGAAGAGUGGCGUAUAAAGACGAGCAGGCGACGAGGCUGGAGCAGAUUCUCAGUGACGUUGGGUGGUUGUACCCGCAACGAGAGGUUUAUGAUGAUGAUGAUUCGGGUGUUGUGAUUGAUGAAUAUUCCUGUAGCGCCGAGGAGAUGUUGGGGAGAAAAAGAAGAUGA